UUGUCAACGAUGGAAUUGCCCCGCCACAAAGAAUUCUUUUUCCACCUGAGAAAAUUUGUAUGGAUUGGCAACAGACACUGAGUGUUGGAGUUGGACUUCAGAAUCUGGGCAAUACAUGUUUCCUUAAUUCUACUCUGCAGUGUUUAACUUACACGCCUCCUCUUGCCAAUUACAUGCUUUCUCUUGAACACACCAAGUCAUGUCAUGAAAAAGGCUUCUGUAUGAUGUGUACGUUGGAAGCUCACAUUAACCAGGUCCUGUGUUGCUCUAAUAAUGCUAUCAAACCUACAUCUGUUAUCAAUGGCCUUAAAAGAAUAGGAAAACAUUUCCAUUAUGGCAGUCAAGAGGAUGCACAUGAAUUCUUGUCCUUCACUGUUGAUGCUUUGCAGAAAGCUUGCUUGAAUGGAAGCACCAAAUUGGACAUAUCUUCUCAAGCCACCACGCUUAUUUAUCAAAUAUUUGGAGGAUAUCUACGAUCCCGAGUAAAAUGCUUGAACUGCAAAGCCGUUUCGGAUAGGUACGAACCGUUCCUCGAUAUUACUCUGGAUAUAAAGACUGUGACAUCUAUCACCAAGGCUCUAGAACAAUUUGUGAAACCUGAACAACUGGACGGAGAAAAUAGCUAUAAGUGUAGCAAGUGUAAAAACAUGGUUCCUGCCUCCAAGAGGUACACAAUACAUCGCUCCUCCAAAGUUCUGACAAUAUCACUGAAAAGAUUUGCAGAUUUUACUGGUGGAAAGAUCAACAAGGAUGUAAAAUACCCUGAAUAUUUGGAUCUUCGAGCAUAUAUGUCCCAGUCAAUGGGAGAACCGCUCAUCUAUGCUUUAUAUGCAGUUCUUGUGCAUUCUGGUUUCAGCUGUACUGCAGGACACUAUACACU